GGACAACAAGCACGCCAACACCAUCGCCUGGCUCGACCACAACCAGUAUAUCUGGAACCCCAAGGACGUCGACUCGGAGCUCGGUGCCCUUGGCGAGGAGACCAUGGGCGCCAUGGCUGGUGCCGCCACCGACGAGGAGUACAUGGCUCGCAUUUCCGCCUUUCUGGCGGGCCAGACGCGUCUCCGCCAGAAGAAGGAGCUCUUGAGGCCAAGGGCGAGUAUGUCCGCACCGUUCGCGGCAUGCGCUUCGCAUCUAUGCCUAUUGUGGACCCGAAUAGACCUCCCGCCGCUAGCCAUAUGAUCUUCUGGCCUGAUGGCUUCAACGGUAUGCCCGUCAGCGAGGUUGCUCGUCAGUUUUGGGUUAUGCCUAGGGUGGCGAGUUCUUUCUGUGUUGACUUUGAAGGGUCGUAGCGGAUGUGUAUCCGCAUAGACCGUCCGCUACCCUCCCCGCGACUGAGCCGACCCCCGGAGCACUCAGUCGGCGUAUCGCCAAUUGAGAUGGAAGCACUUGCCUGAUCGUAGUCGCAGCUUGGAUGAUGCAGGACAAAUAGCGCAGCCUUGCCUAUUCACGAUGGGCCGAAGGAAACCUGUGGCAGUUUAGUU